AGUGAGUUGCUAAUAUAAUAAGAAGUCGCUGGGAAAAUGUUUUAUACUUGUCUCUCCAGAGACAAAGCUAAAAAACUAAAGCUAAAAUGCGGCGUUUUGUAAACGUUGGUGGCAGCACGAACUCUGUCAGUGUAUAAACAUGCCAGUAAUGACACAGAAGAAGACGUUGGCACUGUAGACGUCAUUGACUUGGGACCGGAAGAGGUGCGAACGAAGGGGGAAAAAGAUGGCGGGUUCAGAAUACGGACUGAAAAGGAUAGUUUGGAAAAAGAUAAAAGAAAUAGUUUUUGCAGAUGGCAAAAAAUCUGAACUAUGCAAGAUAUUAAUUCUCGAUCCUUUCACCACCAAACUCUUGUCAUCAUGCUGCAAAAUGUCAGAUUUGAUGGCAGAGAAAAUCACAAUUGUAGAAGACUUGUACAAAAUCAGACAGCCUGUUCCAGAAAUGAAAGCCAUUUACUUCAUGUCCCCCACACAUAAGUGUGUGGAGGCCUUUAUUGCUGACUUUAAGCCCAAACCCAAAUACAAAGCUGCAUAUGUUUAUUUCACAGACUACUGCCCUGAUGAACUCUUCAACAACAUGAAAAUGUACUGUGCUAAGUACAUACGAGUCUGUAAGGAAAUCAACAUGUCCUUUAUUCCACAAGAAGCACAAGUGUUCACAUGUGAUAAUCCAGGAGCAUUCCACAGCAUCUAUAGCCCCCACAGUCAGGACAAAAAAAAGACCCUGGAGACGCUGGCCGAUCAGCUUGUCACGCUCUGUGCCACGUUAGAUGAAAAUCCCGGAAUUAGAUACAAGAAAGACAGCAACAUGGAGAACGCCAAGACUCUCGCAGAGCUUGUGGACAAAAAACUGACCAGACAUUAUGAGCUGGAUGACAGUGGAAAAAAGAAGGAAAAGACCCAAGCCCAGUUGCUGAUCGUGGAAAGGUCUUUUGACCCGGUCAGCCCCAUCCUACAUGAGCUGACCUACCAGGCCAUGGCCAAUGACCUCAUUAACAUCCAGAAUGACACCUACAAGUACAAAUCAAAAGACGGUUCAGAGAAGCAGGCCCUGCUGAAUGAGGAUGACAUGCUUUGGGUGAAGCUGCGACACAAGCACAUCGCUGAGGUUUCAGAGCAAAUUCCCAAAAUGGUAAAAGAAAUAUCUGCAAGCAAGAAGCAGCAAGAUGGAAAGAUCACAAUAGGCAGUUUGGCUCAAAUGAUGAAGAAGAUGCCUUCAUUCCGUAAACAGAUGACUGAGCAAACCAUUCAUCUGCAGUUGGCCGAGGACUGUAUGUCACAUUUCUCAAACAACGUGGAGAAACUCUGCAAAGCUGAACAGGAUCUGGCAGUGGGGUCAGAUGUGGACGGUGUGAAGGUAAAAGACUCAAUGCGGACCUUGUUGCCUGUUCUGCUCCAUCCAUACAGCACCCAUGAGAAAGUCAGAGCCGUGCUGCUCUACAUUUUCAGCCUCAAUGGAACAACAGACGAGAACUUGAAUAAACUCAUCCAACAUGUUAAGAUCGAGGACCAACGAGAGUUUAUCCUGAACUGGAAAGAAUUAGGUGUCCCCAUUAUAACAUCUCAGAGUCUCUUCUCUCGUAAACCAACGAGACGAGAGCGUUCCCAGGAGGAGAGGUACAACCUGUCCAGAUGGACCCCUGUCAUCAAAGAUGUGAUGGAGGAUGUAGUGGAAAACAAACUGGACACCAGAGAUUGGCCUCAUCAGUCUGAGUCUCCUGCUGCCUGGAAUGGUUCUGGGGCUGUCAGUGCCCGUCAAAAGCACAAAGCCAGUGCUCAGGACGAACGCCGGACUGGUUCACGGUUCAUCAUCUUUGUCAUAGGAGGAAUCAGCUACUCUGAGAUGCGCACAGCCUACGAGGUCACUAAUGCAGUCAAAUCCUGCGAGGUCAUCAUUGGGUCUUCCCAUAUUUUGACCCCUAACCGUCUGCUUGAUGACAUCAAGGCCCUCAGCAAAGGCCCCAUGGAGACUUUUACAAUAGAGGAAAGGAGCAAUGCCUGAGGUGUCUGGCUAUCGCUAACUGCACACUGCACUCAACUCAUUCUCCCAAAUGGAAGGAAACAUCGGGUUCACUUAUCUUAACAUUUUCACACUCUUUUAAAUGAUGGAGAACAUUUAUGCUAAAUAUGCAGUAAAAUCUAUUGUAUGAGAUUUCCUCAAAUAUACUUAAUGUUCAUAUUUGAGGCUAAACAUGCUGCAAGUUACUUACUGACUCUGAGAGCUCUACACUGUCUAACCUCUUCUUUUUUAAACUUUUCAUCUUGGAUUUGUGCAAAAAUAUAUUUUUCCUCUAUUAUCAAACUAGACCCUAUUUAGCAACAUGAUAAAGAAUAAUUAUUUUAUUUUUGGCAUCCCAAAAAUCACUUGCUGCCUGUUUCUGGGUCUCAGACAAUUCUCUGAGAAUACCUUGCAUAACUUGAAACCAAUUUAACCUAUCCCUAAAAAAACAUUAGGUCACCUGUCGAAAGCCUUUUUUUUUUUUUGAGAGGGGAUUGUUUGAAAAGAAGCACAAAGUUAAUGUAAAUACUGUAUGUAGGCACUUAGUCCCUGAUCUGUCAUUUCAAAUUCUAUUUCAGUUCCUGCUGUUUUUAAAUAACUAUCAUAAUAAUUUUGAAGAGUGGUUUUAUCAUAGAAUAUUUACAAUUUUGUUGUAUUGAACAACUGACUAAUAAAAGGAUGAUGUGGUUCAACA